AUGGCAUCUUCAAAACACUUCAUACUUAUUCAUGGCGCAAGCCAUGGAGCCUGGUGCUGGUACAAGGUCAAGCCUUUGUUGGAAGGUGCAGGACACAAGGUUACGGCCAUUGACAUGGCUGCGUCGGGCAUUGACAGUCGGAGAAUUGAGGAGCUGAAAACACUCGAGGAUUAUAGCGAGCCGUUGAUAAACUUAAUGGGGUCGAUUCCAUCCGACCAAAAAGUAGUGUUGGUCGGUCAUAGCUUGGGAGGCUUUAACAUAGCUUUGGCUGCUCAAAAGUUCCCCGAGAAGGUGUCUGUUCUUGUCUUCAUUGCUGCUUUCAUGCCCGACUUUAUUCAUAGGCCAUCUUAUGUCCUAGAAAAGUACUAUGGGAGAACUCCAACAGAAUUUUGGGAGGACACCAAGUUUGAAUCUUAUGGUAGUCCUUAUGAUGAUCUCACGUCAAUGUUGGUCGGUCCCAACUUCAUGUCUCACAACCUUUAUCAAUUGUGUUCUCCUCAGGAUCUUGCACUAGGGACGACCUUGUUAAGGCCGAGUUCAUUGUUCAUCACGGAUUUGAAACAAGCAAACAAUUUUUCGGAAGAAAGGUUUGGAUUUGUGCCUCGUGUCUAUAUCACUUGCAAGGAGGAUAAAGCGAUAACAAUUGAAUACCAAUGGUGGAUGAUCGAGAAUAUUGGAGGUGUCAAUGAGGUGAAGGAGAUGGAAGGUGCCGAUCACAUGGCUAUGUUGUCAAGCCCCGACGAUCUAUGCUUGUGCUUAUUUGGCAUAGCCGAUAAGUAUGCUUAA